UCGCCAUCUUGGCGGAGCAGCGGUGGUUACCAGCUGUGUUCUCCUCACACUGAGCCGGCGGAGCGGAGAGAGCGAGCCGGGGGGAGAGCGCGGCCUAAUGAGCGGAGAGCGGGCCGCCAGAUAGCCCUCCCCCGUCCGUCUACCGUGUCGUAGGAGCCCCCCCCUCUUCUCCCCCACCAUGAGUUCCAUCAGCACCAUCACACAGCGCAACUCCGGCCUGGUGCAGCGCCGAACCGAGGCCUCCCGCAGCGACCGAGAGAGGGCGGACGAGGACCCAGAGCGGGACCGGGAGGAGCAGGAGGACGACGAAAGGGCCGGAGACAAGGAGGCCAGGCUCACCCUCAUGGAGGAGGUGCUGCUGCUCGGCCUAAAGGACAGGGAGGGCUACACAUCCUUCUGGAAUGACUGUAUCUCUGCUGGGCUGCGUGGAUGCAUGCUAAUUGAACUAGCCUUUCGAGGUAGAGUUACCCUGGAAGCUGGUGGAAUGAGGCGUAAAAGUCUUUUGGCAAGGAAGGUUAUUUGCAAAUCUGAUGCUCCAACAGGGGAUGUCAUGCUAGAUGAAGCCUUAAAACACAUAAAGGAAACACCGACCCCAGAGACUGUACAGAGUUGGAUUGAACUUCUAAGUGGUGAGACCUGGAACCCUCUGAAGCUCCACUUCCAGUUACGAAAUGUGCGGGAACGCUUGGCUAAAAAUCUUGUGGAAAAGGGCGUCCUGACAACGGAGAAGCAAAACUUCCUCCUGUUUGACAUGACCACGCACCCACUCACCAACAACAACAUCAAGCAGCGCCUCAUCAAGAAGGUGCAGGAGGCUGUGCUGGACAAGUGGGUGAAGGAUCCCAAUCGCAUGGAGAAACGUUUGCUGGCCCUCAUCUAUUUAGCCCAUUCUUCUGACGUCAUCGAGAACGCCUUCGCCCCACUCUUGGACGACCAGUACGAGCUGGCCAUGAAGAGAGUCCGGCAGCUGCUCGAUCUAGACCCAGAAGUAGAGGCCUCAAAGCCAAACGCUAAUGAAAUCCUAUGGGCCGUGGUGUCCACCUUCACAAAAUAAUCCCUGUGGACUUGGAGUGUUCAUUCUACGUCAAACCAGUUGUCUCUGCUUGACAUUUUUUUUUUUUCCAGUAAUUUUACCUUUGCUUGUUUUGACUGGUCACAGAAAGACAUUGAAUUGUAUGCAGGACCCGGGCUGGUUCAAGACAGCUGGAUAAGAGAUUUCAGAAACUUAUUGCCAUAUUGGCAUCACACUACUCCUUACAUUUGUGCAUCUCAAAGCUCCGGUGCAAGGUUCCUUAGAAGGCCGAGUUCAGUUGUGAUGGAGAUGGACACGCCUAGAUGCACAUUGGUUAUUGUCCGCCUCAAGUUCCUCUACAGAUCCCCCCCCAAGAUGGUUUACAAAUCCGCAGAAUUGUCACGAAAGGGCCUUUUAGUCACCAAAGUUCCAAUAGCUCUGUCCAUUUCUCCACGUUUUACACACUUUUCACCUUUUUUCAUUUUAUUUUUAAGCUGCUGUGCUAAUGCUUUUUUUUUCUUGUAAAUUUGUCAUAAUCAGAAUUUUAAAUCUUUAAGUAUUUAGUGUAAAUGGUCCAAAGGUCUCUGGAAGCCAUUUUUGGGAUGGGGAAAACAUUCCAUUAGUGUACAUAGUUCCAGUUGUAUAGUUGAACUUCCUAAGUAUUUUGGUCAUAUAUCCGACGUCAGACCCAGUCUCCGAUACAUUUCAGGCUCUGCUUUUCUCAGGGCUAAAAGUGAGAACAUACAGUGAACUGUGACACACAUUUGUUGUGGCACAUGUAUCAUGAUUUUUAAAUGUUUGGCAUGUACCAGUGGCUCAGUUGUCCUCCAUUGUUCUGUUUUUAUGUGCAUUUUUUUGCAA